CUUGGGGUUUCAGUCUGUUUUAUCGGUUCGUAUGCUAGGAGCUUUGCGCUUCGUUGUAGUUUUUACUCUUUUUUUACGUAAUUUUUCGCGAAAUUGUUGCUGGUUGCCGAACUGGUUCUCGAUAAAGGCGGAUUUUAUUUAUUUUUAGACUAGACGCGUUGAUUUUUUAAAUACCUGCGGUUUUUUAAUAAUAUACUUUUCGGAUUAUGUAAAGUUUAUCGUUUCGAGUUAAUUUGUUAGUUUAGAUAUUAUCAUAUUGGUUAUCGAUGUAUGGUGAAUUUUCAUCGAUCAGUACGUUCGACGAUCUGAAUCGAAGAAUGAUCAAAGGUGCAAAUUCGACGUGAAUUUUUCCAACUCACAGUUUCCCAAAAGGAUUAUCGAGCUGAAUAAUCGAACAUGAUAUAGAUCAUGAAUUUGAUCAUCUAUUUUGCCUUCAAUUUACUGCUUUUCGAGUACACGGGCUGUUUUUUCGACGAAGAACACUAUGAAUCUUCUGAGGCUGAAACUAAUAUCAAAGGAUUGGCUAAGUUGCCUUGUAAUAAGAUAUAUUUUACUGAAGACGGCAAUUCUAUGAAAAAUCCCCUUCUUGUUAUUUGGUACAAGUAUGGUUAUUCGGCGCCUAUUUACAGUGUGGAUUUUCGGAAUCGUACGUUGAGAAAUGGCAAUCAUUGGUCUCCGGAAACUGUGUUCGGUUCGAGAGCUUAUUUCAACGUCGAGGAAUCUAUUUUGUCGAUAGAUAGGGUGAAGGAGACUGACGCUGGGACUUAUAAAUGCAGAAUUGAUUACGAUAAAUUUCCGACGAAAAAUUAUAUCGUUAAUUUGUCCGUCAUUGUGCCUCCUCAAGAACUGACAAUUGUCGAUAUGAGUGGUUCAAAUAUCGUUAUGUCAUCAUUGAGCCCGGUAAUGGAAGGACAGCCGCUGAGAUUGAUGUGUACAGCUCACGGAGGAAGACCAGCUCCGCGAGUGUUUUGGUGGCAGAAUGAAAACAUCAUCGAUAAUCAAUCGGAAAUAAUAUUAAAUAACCAGGUGCAGAAUAUUUUACAUUUCGAGCAUUUGGAAAGAAAACAUCAUGGUUCGAUUUUGAAAUGCGAAGCCGUCAACGGUCGGAGUAGAAAUUCAAUUUCUAGCGUUGUGGUUGUGAAUUUAUACCUGAAACCGCUAUCAGUUCGAUUAAUCGGAAACAACGAAAUAUUCAGUGUAGGACGAGAAUAUAAAAUAAUGUGCGAAACGUUCGGCUCGAGACCUCCGGCUAACGUGACAUGGUGGUUGAAAGGCACCAAAAUAAAUCCUUCGUUUGUCGUAACGACUACAAGAUCGGAUCAAAACUUCACCACCAGCAUCUUGACGUUUCAGCCGAAAGUUCAACACCAUAAAUCAAAGCUCACUUGUAAAGUGACAAAUAGCAACAUUGCCGGCAGUACGUUAAUCGAUUCGUGGCAUUUGAACAUUCAAUAUGCUCCUGUGACCAGAUUGGAAUUGGGUCGUAAUUUAGAUAAAGCCGGAAUCAAGGAAGGGUCGGAUGUGUAUUUCGAUUGUAUUAUUGACGCUAAUCCGCCAGCGAAAAAAGUAUAUUGGACUCAUAACGGCGGAAUCCUAGUACAAAAUUCAGCUCGAAUAAUCAUAAGUAAUCAGACGCUUGUUCUACAAAAAAUUACGAGAAAAUCAGCCGGUAAUUAUUCCUGUAUCGCUUCCAAUGAAGAAGGAGAAAAUCAAAGUGAUCCGUUUUAUUUAGAUGUUAAAUAUGAACCAAUAUGCAGCGCGAGUCAACAAUUAGUUCACGGUGCAAUCAGACACGAAAAAAUAGAAGUAACCUGCCAAGUAGACUCUAAUCCGGUGGCGAGUUCUUUCAUUUGGAAAUUCAACAAUUCGGUGAUUCAGACGAGAGACAUACACACAUUUGUUGCUUCAAAAAUGCACAGCAUUGCUACCUAUCAACCAAAAACGGAAUUAGACUACGGUACUUUACUUUGCUGGGCCAAGAACGAAUUAGGCAUCCAAUCGAAACCCUGCGUAUUUCAUAUUGUUCCGGCUGGUAAACCCGAUACGCCUCAUAAUUGUUCGCUAUCGAAAUUAUCGGAAAGCUCGUAUCAAAUUUCAUGCGAAAGCGGAUUCGACGGAGGCCUACCUCAAGAAUUCAUUUGCGAAGUGCACAAAAAUGGCACCGAUAGGGCCGUAUGGAAUAUAACGAACUUAAGAUCUCCUGAUUUCACUAUCACUGCCAUCGAACAUAAUAUCGAAUAUUUGAUCAAAGUUUACUCGAGUAACGGUAAAGGAAGAAGUUCUAAUUACGUCGAAUUACGUAUCGAACCGUCAUACGAGAUGUUUGAACAACAUACGCGAACAGUCGGUUUAAAAAACGGAGUAUUUUUUUCGUUAUGGACACUCACCUUGUGCAGUGUGUUAAUUUUUUUGAUAUUUUUUCUAAUAAUUUUAAUAAUCAGUGUGAUACGCUUACGAAGAAAACAUUCGGAACAGAAGCAUAAAAAAGCUCAUGCCGAAGUACCUGCCACUCCUAUAUAUUCAGAUGAUGAUCAUAAUCCAGAUAUAAUACCGCAGAUAGAAGAAAAUUUCAACACUUCUUCGAGAAGACAGAGUUCUACUAGUUAUUCACAUCCUCAACCAUAUCAGGCAGAAUUUUCUACCUAUAGUGUUUAUACAGAUACGCCAUCGCAUACUGUUUAUAAUUAUUCGUCGUUGCCUUUGCAAGAAUUACAGCCAACGUACUGCGAUUCAGUGGUACAGUGGGUCGAACCCAAAUUUCCUAGCAGAUGUAAUUCUCAAAUAAUCGUGAAUGCAGUACCAAAUGAAGUGAAUACGUUACAUUAUCAUACAUAUACUCAAACGCCGGUUAUACCUCAUAAGGAAAGUGCUGUGUAACUCAAAUAAAUUUCGCUGUAUUUGAAAUACUUAUUGACUGAUGUUUAAUAUCUUCCUUUUUAAUUUAUUAUCGUAUAUAUUUUUUAUAUCGAAAAUGAUUAUUUUGUUAUACCUAUCAAUAUUCUUGUUUUUUUUUCCUCGUUUUGUAUUUGUGUGAAAACGAAUAGGUACUUAACAACUAUGAAUUUGAUGUUUUUUUUGUAAUGUGACUAUCUUUAAUCGUGUCAUACCUGUGUUUUUUUAAAAUCGACUAUUGUAUUGUAAAUGGAUAUUGUAUUAUUAUUUGUGUUUGUAAAAGUCGAAUUGUCUGUUUUUUUCCUAUACAAUUUUAUUAGUGAAUUACCACGAUUUUACAAACCACUUUGUUUUGUUCUUCCUCUUGAUAUUUUAAUGCUUUUGUUACCCUUGUUUGAAACUUUUUUUUUGUGAAUUGAAUUUUAUGAAUUGAACGUGUUUAAUAAAUUUUUUAUUUUGUUUUUACUCGUGUGUUGUAAAUUUUAAUGUUCUUAAUUUGACACAGAAAAGGUAGCACCAAAAGUGACAUGGAUUAUUGGUGAAAAAAAAAUUCAAAAGUUAGGAAUUGUGAAUAGGAAACUAAGAAAU